GAUCUUUGUUCCCGGUUUUCUGACCUGGCGUCUGAUUUCAUGGUUUCUCCUGUCCGCCCCCGCCUUCUCUAGUCCCCUCUCCUCGACCACCCUCUUGCCUUGGUCCUCUUCUUAGUCUUCCAAAGAACCAUUGCCCGGGAGCGGCCUCUGUGAGACCUCGGUUGAAGUUGGAGCUUGCUGUUGAAGAUGGCAGACCCUGAUGUCCUCACCGAGGUUCCAGCAGCAUUGAAGCGGUUAGCCAAGUAUGUAAUCCGGGGCUUUUACGGCAUUGAGCACGUGUUGGCUUUGGACAUCUUGAUCCGCAACCCCUGUGUAAAAGAAGAGGACAUGCUGGAGCUGCUCAAGUUUGAUCGGAAGCAACUUCGAUCUGUUUUAAAUAAUUUAAAGGGAGACAAGUUCAUCAAAUGCAGAAUGAGGGUAGAGACUGCUGCCGAUGGGAAAACCACGCGCCAUAACUACUACUUCAUCAAUUAUCGCACUCUGGUUAACGUAGUAAAAUAUAAACUGGACCACAUGAGAAGGCGGAUUGAAACGGAUGAGAGGAACUCCACCAAUCGGGCCUCCUUCAAAUGUCCUGUCUGUUCCAGUACUUUCACUGACCUAGAAGCUAAUCAGCUGUUUGAACCUAUGACAGGAACUUUCCGCUGUACCUUUUGCCAAGCAGAGGUAGAAGAAGAUGAGUCAGCAAUGCCCAAAAAAGAUGCUCGCACACUUUUGGCGAGAUUUAAUGAACAAAUUGAGCCCAUUUAUGCAUUGCUUCGAGAGACAGAGGAUGUCAACUUGGCCUAUGAGAUACUUGAACCAGAACCCACAGAAAUCCCAGCCCUGAAGCAGAGCAAGGACCGAGCCGCAACUGCUACUGGAGCUGCUGGUCUGGCAGGUGGGCACCACCGGGAAGCCUGGACCAGCAAAGGCCCCUCUUAUGAGGACUUAUAUACUCAGAAUGUUGUCAUUAAUAUGGAUGACCAAGAUGACGUUCAUCGCACCUCGCUGGAGGGGAAAUGUGCCAAAGAAAGGCCCAUUUGGUUGAGAGAGAGCACUGUCCAAGGGGCAUACAGCUCUGAAGACAUGAAGGAAGGUGGCAUCGAUAUGGACACAUUUCAGGAGCGUGAGGAGGCCCGUGCAGGGCCUGAUGACAAUGAGGAGGUCAUGCGGGCUCUACUCAUUCAUGAGAAAAAGACUUCUUCUGCGGCAGCUGCCUCGGUGGGAGCAGCCGCUCCGGUGACCGCUGCCAAUGGCAGCGAUUCGGAGAGUGAGACCAGCGAGUCGGAUGAGGACUCCCCACCCCGGCCGGCAGCUGUGGCUAGCCAUCAUCGGGACGAGGAUGAGGAAGACGAUGAGUUUGAGGAAGUAGCAGAUGACCCCAUUGUUAUGGUGGCUGGCUGCCCAUUCUCCUACAGUGAAGUGAGCCAACGGCCAGAGCUGGUAGCCCAGAUGACACCAGAGGAGAAGGAAGCAUACAUAGCCAUGGGUCAGCGAAUGUUUGAGGACCUCUUUGAGUGAGCUCUCCUUGCUCUCUCCUCAUCCUGAGCUCAUUUCAGAGAGAAACUCCCCACCAAGUGCUUAAGUGGCUUCCUGCCCUCUUGAUGGAAGCACCUAUUAAUCUAGUACAAAAGCAUAAUAGGAGAGAAAGUUGGCUUUUUUGUUUGUUUUUAAUGUCAGAAACUUUCAAGAAAGGUAGGUGGGCUAUAAGUAUUCCCUUCCCUCUUUUUACUAAAGUAUUAAUAUUUUUCUGUAAUUCCUUAUCUAAUUUUUUCCUUCAUUUUGAAGACCUAUUUCUCUCACUGUUUACCUACAGACCCUAGGAUGAACUUACCCUAGUAUAAGUGUUUUCUGGUCAAGCAUCUGAAAAAAUUCCUUGUCCUGCCAACCAAAGCAGUUUACCGAGAAGCAGAUCACUGGUUAGGGGAACCCCAAACACUUCAUCUUUCCUCCAAAUUGAGUUUGGGGACAACCUGUAAAAGGAGAGAGAGAGUGCAGGAGACAGAGAGAAAGGAGAGGAGAGCACGCCCAUGUGCCCAGGGUUACAGGUAGCAGAGCAGGCUGUGUAGACCCUCAUGAAGAAGUGAGAGGAGCACCCACAAGGGCGAAGAGUCUGUGUCCAAGAUUGAAGGACUGAGAGCGUGGGGACAGUGCCUUAGAACUGCCCCAGUGUGUUCUGUAGACCUGCCAUGUAAAGCUGAGCCUGGUCAGCACUUCCCUCCUGGUCUAGAGGCCUCUUGCCAGUGCUCUCAAUUAAGGAGCCCUUCCAGUAGAAAGCAGUAGAGAAUUGUUGAUGGCUCCACUCUCCCUCUGGUCUUGUAAACACAUCAGAGCCCUUUGUCAGACAUUAUAUUCUAGUGCCUCCCCUGUGUUGUUGAACAUCGUACCUCAAGGAUUGUAGUCAUGGAGCGUGGUGUUAUCCCUGAAGGCAGAACUUUAAAGAUAAAGGGCUUUCAUCUAAGGUCUACAACCAUUACAUUUUGCAGUAUUUUCUCUUCCAUUGUGACUUUUAAUUAUCAUUUUGUAGUCUGUGUGUGAAACAGCAUUGUAGAGUAUCUGAGCCUUGUAUAAAGUGAUGAUUCCUUUACCUGGUUGUUGGAUGACUGAAUAUUAACAGUCUACUUAUUAUUGUUUAAAAUUUGUUAAUUUCUAGCUCUAACAUCUUGGAGCAUAACUAGAAUGUAUACUCUUCCAUUUAAAGAUGUCCGAGACUUCUGGUCAUCAUCUAAUAUCAUAGGUGCAAUUGGAUGCCAACUGAACUUUUGGGGGGGGGCAAUGAAUUACCCUAAAAUACCUUUUAUGUGUUUAUCUUUUAAACACAUGAACUGUUCAGCUUUUAAUUUUUUUUUAAACUUUCAUGGUUCUAGAAAGAUGUUACUUUUUAAAACAUGAUUAAUGUUUAAAAUAUGUUCUUUGUUGCAUUUUAUAUGAGUAUGUGUAUGAGUGUGCUUUUCUAUUGUGGAAAAAUGUAUUAAUAAAACUCAUUAAAGCAGUGUUUGAAUUAGACUAGA